GCAGUGCUAAACCAACGAUACCUUGUAGAGUGUCAUCACUAUUAUUGAAACCCUUCUGUCCAGGCGUGCAAAAAAAACAUUUAAACCCAAAAAGCAAGCAUUUAGGCAAUCUGUGGCGGUUUACUUGCGGCAUGCAUAGGCACUAGGACUAACCCUUAGACGGCGAGAGCGCAAUGACGGAGAACACUGAGAAAGCUGCUGGCGUGGAGCAGCCUAAACUGGCUGAAUCCCAGUCGGAACGGGAGCCCUUUGCCUCAGCGGAGGUUCCUACUCCGCCAAUUAAGGUAAAGAGCGAGCAGCCGGACGCUGAGGUGGAAGCUAAGCUCAGGGCCCUAAACGCCAAGUUUAAAGCGGAGGCUCUGGCUCUGGAGCGGCGGAGCAACAGCAAGGAGCAGGGCGACGAAACUGAAGACAGCGAAAGCUCCUCCUCGGUGGAUGACAAGAAGGACAUUGCGCCGGUGAAGUCCUCCAACGAGAUCCUCGCAGAACUCUUCGGCGUCUUCAACGCUGCUCCUCCAGAGGAACUUUUGGACGACAAUAAUCUGCUUAAUAAGAAGAAGAAGGUUAAAAAGGAGAAGAAGGAAAAGAAAUCCAAAAAGAAGAAGCCGGCCAAAUCGGAUGGGGAGUGCAGCGACUCAGAAGCGGAAGGCAAACACAAGCAUAAGCGAAAGAAGCACAAACACAAGCACAAAGACGGUAAGGUCAAGGAUAAAGAGAAAGAUCGGGAUCGGGACAGGGAUAAAUCUAAGGAAAAGUUUACGCCGGUUGCGGUUCCGGCUGAUAAAGAGAAAGAAAAGUCUGAGAGCAGGAAGCGAAGUGCUGUGGAGUCAAACAGCAAGGCGGAUUCCCAUCCCAUCAAGCGAGAACGGCAUGAAAGGGACAAGGAACGCGAUCGAGAGCGGGAAAGGGAGGUUGAAAAGGAGCGAGUUCGCUCUCAUAACAGUUUUUACAAUGGUCAUCGGGAGGGAGAGCGCUCCAGAAGAUCGGAAGCUAUAAGAACCAAGUCACGACAGCCGCGGGAUCUUUCUGAUGUAUCGCUCUCCGACGAGGAGUCAUACCUUCGGGAAAAGGCUGCAAAUGGACGUCACCGACCCCACAACAGCUUUUACGAUGGCAAGGAGGAGACUAGGACGUCGCCCAAGGGAAUCGCGCGAGAGUCCAAUUCCCGCAGAAAUCGAAGGUCCCGAUCACGCUCCCGUGAGCUCGGAAUCGACAAGAAGCGUCUUUUGGAGAUUGCGCGCAAGAACGCGAUAAACAUGUUCAAGCGAGACGCAGCCAACAUGACGCCGGAGAUAAAGGACAAGGUGCUGGUCAAGAUGCGCUACGGCGGUCGAACUGUCCAAGAUCUGACUGACUUCUGCAAAAAAAUCGCCAACGGCGAUGGACUGUCCGAUCUUAGUUCCGACGAGGAUUCCGAUGUGGACAAGAACGGCAACACGAAGGCUUUUCAUCAUCCGUUUCAGCUAAAAGAAAGGGAGCCAAUUGUGAUGCACAUCCGCAACUCCACAGCGUUGGUUCCAGCGCCAUCCCGGGUUGACGAACAAACGAAGGCAAUAACCAUGCAGUUUCCGGUUUCCUCGGGUCAGACGCACCGCAAUAACGAGGUGUGGGUGCCGGUGGAGCGAAAAGAUGCCUUGGUGCCGCUGCCCUCCCUGCCGCCGGCCAAGCAGGCUACCAAUAUGUUUAAGGAGACGCCGAAAAACGUGUUUGCCAAGUCAAUGCCUUCGCAGGAGCAACAAGAGCCCGCCUUUAAGCCAGUGGGGGGGAGCGUCUGUCUGGUUGCUGCUCCAUCCCCCGUUGUUCCUCAACCCGUCCCGCCGCCAAUAUUAAAUGCAAAAGCACACGCUCCGCCGCCCGCUGCAGCUCCCUUCGUACCCGAGGUGCCCAUCCCAUCCACGUCGCCAGUGACGCCGGCGCAAAAUUGCUCCAUCUUUCCGGAGGUGACCCCGCCAUCCAUGGAUGUCUCCAGCAUAAUCACCCAGCGCCUUAGUGCCAUUCGCCGGCUGCAGGACAAUCCGGCGGACUCGGAGGCCCUAAAAAUGAUGUAUAAUGCUCAGCGCAACAUGUCGUCGUGGGCGAACUCAAAACAUUUGCCGGGUCAGUUUACGGGGAGCACGGGAGCCCAGGUGAUGAAGGCUCACGAGCUAAACAGCGGUCCGCAGCUGUGGGUGCGCAAAGACCAAUUGACUUCCACCAAGCCGGUGACCGGUGGCAUGGGAAUGACACUACUGCAGAAGAUGGGCUGGAAGCCGGGCGAGGGACUGGGCAGAUGUAAAACCGGAUCUCUUCAGCCUCUCUUAUUGGACGUAAAGCUGGACAAACGUGGCUUGGUGUCGCGCGAGGACCUAAAGCCACCUCCAACGCGUCAAGCGGCCGCCCAGCGAAGGAAUAAGAAUGCAAACGGACCAGUCGGAGGAGGUGGAAUACUGGGAGCAAAUGCUGGAGCUGCGCCUGGAAUUGGAGUGACUACAGGAACGCCACUCGUCACUCAGGACAAGCAUCCUGUUUGCGUGCUUAACGAACUCACAUCCAAGAACAAAUGGACCCCGCCGCAAUAUCAGCUUCGGCAGGACAUUGGACCCGCCCACAACCGCUCCUUCCUUUUUUCUGUGGAGAUUAACGGUCAAACGUAUACGCCGGAACGGGGAUGUAACAACAAGAAGGAGGCUAAGCUGAACGCGGCGGCGUUGUGCUUGCGAACCUUGGGCAUCCUUCCGCCCAGUUAAUGGUGGGACUAGGCCUAGGCUAAUUUUUAGAUCGUAGAAUAGGUUUCCGAAACUGUACAUAAAGGUAGUUUUAAAUCUCAGUUGUAAAGUGUUUUUCGCACGCGAAAAAAAGAAAAA